AACAAAAGGAAUAACCAUUAUCAGGGUUGUGUGAUGAUGGCAAACAAACCAUUAACUUGAAUGCAACACAGAGAUGGAAUGGAAAACACAGUCGUCCAGGUAAAUCAAGUAUUUCACCUCCUUAUUAGGACGAUCAGCACCGAACACCUCCAUUCAGUUUGUUCUUUAGUCUGUGUGAUCUUUAGUGAUAUUCAACUUGUUGUUUGCAUAUUUUCCGAUAUGGGUCCAAUCAGCCGCCUGAUGGUGCAACAUCAGUUUUUACUGCACCAAUGUUUUUCUCUGCCUUUCGCAUUUCUGUUUUAUUUUUAUGCUAACCGUGGAUAUCUGUCCUUGUGGUACAGGUACGUCUUUGUUACAGUUGGAGGAUGUGUCCUGGCGGUCGCCACGAUGGGGAUCUACAGUGUUCUUCUGUUUGCCUCCACCGCUGUCUUUAUUCUGCUCAUUGGUCGUGUGGAUCCCAGCAACAUCCACAUCUGGGCGUUCGGUAUCCAGAUGCUCUGGCAGACCUUCUGGCACCUGCUUAUACAGUACAGCGAGUAUUACCUGCAUGAGCCUGUCAGCGUGAGGUUGUUUUUGGCGGUGUCCUCCUUGAUGCUGCUCACUCAGAGAAUCACCUCAGUGUCCAUGGACCUUCAGGAGAAACAACUAAUGUCCCCGUAUAAUGCAUCGUCCAAAAAGACGACUUGUGUCCUGCCUCUCCCUCUCGUCAGCUACCUCCUCAGUGUCACCACGCUGCUGGGUGGCCCGCUGGGCUCCUACAGACAGUUUGUGUGCCACAUGGAGGGAGUCGGCCUCGGCCCCUCACCCUGUCCACUGGGUGUGGUAUUCCUGAAGUUGAUGCAGGUGCUAAUGUUGGAGUUGGUAAGAAUUUGUCUUGUCCAUUUUUUAAGACAAAACAUCUAUGAUCCCAGUAGCUCUGCUUCUAUUCGUGGCGUCUUAUGGGUUUGGGCCCACGCACUGGUUUUGAGGCUCCGGUAUUACUCUCACUGGAAGAUCAGUGAAUGCCUCAAUGAUGCAGCUGGGUUUGGAAAUUGCAAAAAUUCAUCCGGAGACUCCGAAGACUGGAGCGGCUUAUCUGAUGGUGAUUUCUGGACCACUGAGGCGUCGAGCCGCGUGUCACAGUUCGCACGUCGAUGGAACGCCACAACGGCUUCGUGGCUGCGAAGAACGGUUUAUAUGAGAAGCAAACAUUUCCCUUUGUUCUCGACUUUUGUUUUUUCAAUGUGGUGGCAUGGUUUGCACUUGGGUCAAUUUGUGGGGUUCUUGACUUGGGCGUCAGCGGUGCAAGCAGAUUACUAUAUACACAGGUUCUUACACCCAAAGUUUUCCUCAACAUGGGGGAAGCUGCUGUAUGCGUGUCUCAGCUGGAUAAACACACAAAUGAUCAUCACAUGUGUGGUUAUUGCUGUAGAAUUAAGAAAUAUGUCCGGCCUGAGGCUUUUGUCAGCUUCAUUUGUGGGUCUGUUUCCUCUUUGUAACAUGAUACUACUUGUCAUUUUAUCAAAAUGCAACACAGUUACAUAGACUACUAAAGCAGCCAUGUUAACAAACCCCCAUAUGUACAUAUUUGUGCUAUAACAGCUCUACUACAAUAUGAAAAGCUUGUUUGUUCAUUAAAAUCCAUGAAUAGAUUAUUAUGUUACUGUCAAUCUGGGG